AGGGAGCACAUGUAUACUCAGAUAAGAAAGAUGCCCUUCAAGCUGUAAAGACGAUGAAGGGAGCCCGUUUUAAAGCCUUUUCCAGCCGUGAGGAUGCUGAGAAGUUUGCUAAGGGGAUCUGUGAUUACUUUCCCUCUCCCAACAAGUCAGUGUGUGUCUCUCCUGUCAAACCAGGCCUGCCCAUCAGUAAAGACAACGUGGAGGUCGAUACCAUCAACCGGGAGCGUGCCAACAGUUUUAAGAGCCCGCGCUCCCAGGACCUGACGGCCAAACUAAGGAAAGCUGUGGAGAAGGGCGAUGAGACGGCCUUCAGCGAACUGGUCUGGGGCAAUCCACGCUAUCUCAUUGGCUCAGGAGAUAAUCCCACUAUUGUUCAG